AUGAAAAACUUGCUCGGUACUCAUACCAAAGAAGGAGUCACAAACGAGUACUCGACGCCAGUGGAUUGCAUGAAAAGGCUAAAGUUCAGGAAGAAGCAGGCCAAGAAACCUGAGGACAAGGUCCAAAAUACCACCGUAGACCCUAGGGCCAGCACGUCGAAGAAGGCCGGCGAUACGGAAGUAGCGGAGGACAUACAAGAGGGUGACACUGAGGAGCUUCCUACUCAAAGUCGCAUCAGUCCGCUGAAAAGAUAUACAGGCUACCAGCAAAAGGAGGAUGCCAUGGAAGAAGAGAAGCCAAGAACACCAAUCUGCACCGAAGCAACCUCUCGGUUCUCGGUUAGCAACGAACAAGAACAGAUUGUGAAUCUAAACUCAGAAAACAAAGGUGAUUGUCAUCGUGCCAAAAAUAAACAAAAACAUAAUGCGACUAAUAAUAAGGAAGACCAAGACCAAAUCACUUUAUCGCAGGUCAACAGGGCCAUUGCAUCGGCAAUUAACAACAAAAGUGAAACAUCGACCCUAGAAUACACCAACAACUACGUAAACAAAAGUGACGCAGAAUGGAUUAUGGCAAAAACACGCAAAACGAAAAGACAUGAUAGCUUGAACAAGAACAAACGGCCUACACCAGCUAUAGGCAUAAACGAAAACAAAACAAAUCUUAAAGUAGUGGAGUUUGCUAAUAAAAAGCAAGACCCACUAUCUUGGAUCUUUGUCACCGGGUUUGAUCCCAAAACAAAGGAACACGAUAUAUUGGAAUUCCUUAAGGACAACAAUCUAAAUGAGGGCUGUCGUUGUUUCAAAAUGAUAACAACGAAAGACAAUAUAAAAACAAAUAAUGGAUAA